GCCGCGGGAGCGGCUCCGGCAGCAGAGGCAGCCGGUCACCCCGCCGCAGCCAUGAGCUCGGCCAGGGAGUCCCAGGGCCACCACGGCCUCAAGCGAGCGGCCUCCCCCGAUGGCUCCAGCAGCUGGGAGGCGGCGGACCUGGGCAACGAGGAGCGGAAGCAGAAAUUCCUGCGGCUGAUGGGCGCUGGGAAGAAAGAACAUACUGGCCGCCUUGUUAUCGGAGACCACAGAUCAACCUCUCACUUCAGGACAGGGGAAGAAGACAAGAAAAUGAAUGAAGAACUGGAGUCUCAGUACCAACAGAGCAUGGACAGCACGAUGUCUGGACGAAACCGGCGCCAUUGCGGACUUGGUUUCAGUGAGUUUCAGGAAGGUGAAGAACAAGAAGAGGCAGCUGGACACUCCUCUGAUGAGAGUUCAGAGGACUCCGAAAGUGGCUCCGAGUCAGAGCAAGAGGAGUCUGCAGAGGAGCUACAGGCUGCUGAAAAACAUGAGGAAGCUGAGGUUGCAGAAAACAAAAAAGAAGCAAAAAGCAACUAUAAAAUGAUGUUUGUUAAAGCCAGUGGUUCAUAACUGCAGAUGUAACAGCUUUGUAUUUACAGUACAGUAAGCCUUAUCGUUACAGUGCAAAGUGGAAGACUGCUACAGCACAAAUCUUUGUAUUAUGAUUUUAAAAAGACCCCUUUAGAUGACAUAAAGUAGUAUUUGCUUUCAGUUGCCAUGGAUAACAUUUUUAUGGGCACAGUGAUAUUACUGUUUUUUUGUAAAGUGUAUAAAAUUCUGGAUGGAGAAAUAAAUUUUUUGUUCUUGCCCAAUCUCUACAAUGUUAUCUAAGCUAUCCUUCUCCCUCCUCCCUUCUGCCAGGUAAGGAAACUUCAUGUUAGUGGUUUCUUUAGUUAGUACCCCGGUCUUGAAUUUUUAACUAUUAAGAUUACAUGUGACUUAGUGGAUGUUGCAUUAGUUGUAAAAUGCCAUUAUCAGCACUAUUCUGUGAUGUACUAGAGCUUUAAACAAUGAUUUUGUCUAUAGAUGCUAGUGUUGACAGGGCUAAGAGGAGAAAUCACUCACUUUUAUGACUAUUAAUAACUGUAUCCAUUUGAAGUCCUACAGCAGUUGCAGGGGAGAAGAUGUUUUAGAAACACAUGCUAGAACAGAAGGCUCUAAUUGCUCCAGUUGCUCCUUUGGCUUGAUACUGAGGCAGAUAAGCUGUAGCUCUUUAUACCUUUUAGCAGAAAAGAGUGAUUUUUGAAUUAUUGGCUCCUGGUUAUAGCACUGAGCUGUUAUUAAAAAUAACUCCUGAAGAAACCAGUUUAGUUUGAAAGAGAAUAUAUACUUUGAUAAUGAAAAGGAUAUACAAAACAUUUAGCUUUUUAAAUAUAAAAUACAGUUAAGUAAUCAAGCCCUUCUUCCUUUUCUCCCCGUACAUGCAUCACUUGGAGGUCUAAGGCAAUUAGCACAAAAAGGUGGUACCUCUCAAGUCAAGUCGAUAGCUUAAAGAGGCAGGAGUUCCCAUCACUCCUUCCAGCAAGAAUUAAGCACAUCCAUUCCUUUGCCAAUUUAUUGUAUUCAAGUAAUUAAUAAAAUAUAAGAACUUUUUAGACUUCUUUUCUUGUUAGUACAUCAGACAAAUCACCUGCCUGUCCUUGCUGAGACCAGAACAUCUGAUCUGUACCUCUGGUACAGCCUUGGUCUGCCACAGCCGUGUUGCGGGAAACCCUGUGGAUGCUUGUGGAGAAUCUUCCAUUCCUGUGUACAGUUUAUGAUGUGCAGACAACAGUUGGCUAACAUGAAAGCAGCAGUAUGUACUGUCAGUGUAUCGAUCUACUGAACAUAAACAAUGCAGCAUCAGUUAUUGGGGAGGACUUUGAAUAAGUUACGUUAUGGAAAAAAAUAAAAGUAAUAUGAUUGUAAAUAAAA